GCACAACAUUAUAAAGACUCCCCUCCCUCUGGAUACCCUGGACAGUCUUGAUCAGACAACUGUAGAGGGAGUAGGUUAUUGCCCAGCCUAGCCUGAAGACAGUUAGUUACAGAUUGAGGAACCUGAGGGUUGUGAGGACAGCAUCGUGCGCAUUGGUUCUCGUCCCUGCUGGUCGGGGUACGAGUAGGGAGCUGGUCUCACCUAACAGAGGCGUCCAGGAGACUGCCCUCCAUGUUUUCUCUAGCUGGUGUCUUCUGCAACAGGAUGAGCAAGAUCCAGGUGGUGGAGGGAUAUAGGGUUGGAGGGAGGCAUGAGGCGGCGGGGUCUGAAGCGGCUGCUGCGCAGGGAUACGUAAAGGAGUUUACGCGCCACUCCAACGACGUCCUGCUGAAUCUGAACGAGCUGAGGCACCAGAACAUUCUGACCGAUGCCACCCUGGUGGUGGGCACUGCCCGACUGCAGGCACACUGUGCUGUGCUCAUUGCAUGCAGUGGGUUCUUCUACUCCCUGUACUCCCGUUGUGUGUCCUCUCCUGGAUGGAGUGGUGCUGGAGGCCAGGCCCUGACCCUGUCACUCCCUGACUCCCUGGACCCCUCCAGCGUCUCCCUGCUCCUGGACUUCAUGUACACCUCCCAGCUGCCCCUCACGCCACGCACAGUCCCCGGAGUGCUCUCCGUCGCCACCUACCUGCAGAUGGACCACGUGGCUGACGCCUGCAGAGCUUUCAUGUUACACAGUGAGAGGAUGAGAGGGACGCCCCCUCAAAUGAAGCUGGACUCCACGGUGUCUGUAAUGUCUGCAGCACUCUCAGGGGGAGCUCCUCUUAAUCCCCCUGUCAAUGGAAGACCCCGCCCAUCUGUCCUCGUUGUCUCCACCCCCUCCCAGUCCGCAGCGGAGGCUGAGGGUCGUAUGUGUCAUGACUCGGCCAGCAGGGUCCCUGGAAACUUCCGGGCCUGUCUGCAGCCAGGGACUUUCCUGACCCGCGAGCCCAGGUCAAAGGAACUAAAGCAGGAGCCUGAAUCACCCAUCCUGGCCUCCACCCCUUCUCCAGACAGCCCGUCUCGCUCCAGCUGUCAGCCCAACUCUCCUGCAGAGUCCAACACCUGUAAUCUAGGUGACCCCAAGCGCAACCCUGACCCCAAAGCCUGCAACUGGAAGAAAUACAAGUACAUUGUCCUCAACCCCCUCUGUGCCGAAAACACGGUGAAGGAGGAGGAGCCUGAGGAGGGCCGGCAGCAGCUUGACCACAUCCCCAUCUCUGAUAGGAUGGACGUGACAUUGAAGCCACCUAUGGAGGCAUGGCCGAGGAAAGGAUCCGGACAAAAUGAAAGCCCUCCCCUGGUUCCCCACCCAGGGCUGCCAGCCCACCCUGUGGAACCCCCCAUGGAGCCCCCCACCCACAAGGAAGGAACAGUCUCGCCUUGCUGUUUGGCACCACGCCCAUUGGAGCCAGAGGCCGCCCACCACUGCCAACAUCCAAUUAAGCGUGAGAAUUACAGCUUGCCAUUCUGUUACUCCGGCAACCUGAGCGUGAUAAAGACUGCCUGCAUAGCCCCCAUUGCAGGAGACAAGCCUUACCGCUGCAACGUGUGCGGUGCCCAGUUCAACCGGCCCGCCAACCUGAAGACGCACUCCCGCAUCCACUCCGGAGAGAAGCCCUACCGCUGUGAUACCUGCGGGGCCCGAUUCGUUCAGGUGGCCCACUUGCGAGCCCAUGUUCUGAUUCACACGGGGGAGAAGCCUUAUCCCUGUCACACCUGCGGCACUCGCUUCCGUCACCUGCAGACCCUGAAGAGUCACCUGCGCAUUCACACUGGAGAGAAGCCUUACACUUGUGAGAAGUGUGACCUGCACUUCCGCCACAAGAGCCAGCUGCGUCUCCACCUGAGGCAGAAGCAUGGCGCCGUCACCAACACCAAGAUCCGCUACAAGGUCCUGACCGACCCCUACCAGCCCAUCCUGCAGGCCUGUUGACGGUCCUCCCUUUGACCCCUAACCUUUAACCCCUAACCCCACAGAUACCAAGAAUUAACCCCAACAUUUAUGUCAAUCAAAUCAUGAUUGUUUAUCAGUUUCCACCCUGGUUUCUCCUGUGUUGUUAUUGUCCAUGACUGUGUCCCAAAUGGCAGCCUGGGCCUGAUUGCAUAAAACACCUUAAGUUAAUUUCCCCCUUAUCUGUUCACUUACAGUUUUCUUAACUUUAAAUCAGUUGAACAAAACAUUUUAAAAGGUGAAUUUCUCCCUUAAAUUAAGUGAAAAAGUUAAUGGUGCCCAUGAGGUCCGUUAACUGCUUCAUUCAGUUUGGAUAUCAAUGUAAACAGAUUUUGUGGAUGUGAAUGUUACUUUCACCUGCUCUGGUUACAAAAGGAAAACAUCAACCAGCUAGCUACUUAGCUAAUUAAUGGAAGGUGCACAAUCCAUGGCUACAAGAGGUAGCUGGCUAGUUAGCUAUAGCUACUCUGUUAACUAGCUUGACAUACUAGGAAGUAAUAUAAACAAGUUGAGAAAAAAGUAACCAGAAACUAGGUCUAUUAUCUUCUGAAGCAAUUAAGUUCCAUUUUGAUAUCUCACAAAAUGAAAGUGACCUCUUUGACGAGAGGUUAAGUCAGUGAAUCAGACCAAGCCCAUGGUAACCAGAUACUCUGUCUGCCAUACAUGCCUUUAAACUACCAUAAAAAGGAAAUAUUUGAGGGGCUCUAUGCAACGCCUUUAAACAAUUCCCUUAGGCAAGGGACAAUUAUUUCUUAAUGUAAAGCCUUAAGGGAAACACUUAAUGUUUUAUGCAAACGAACCCUGUACAUUAUAUAGUGCACUACUUUUGACAAGGGCUCAUGGAGCCUACAGGAAUAGGAUGCCAUUCAAAACUGCCUGGCCUCAUCAAACCUGCCUGAUUGAGAGCUCAGCCUCGCCCCUCAAAAACAUGAGCUCAAGUAUGUUUCACUCAAGUAUGUUUCACUCACUGGCUAGAGGGGCCAUUAUAAACACAUAUACAUGACUAGUUGUAAGCCAAUCAAACCAUGAUGUUGUAAAGGAUUUGUGGAAAGGCGGCCGGCGCCAGAGAUCGGAGCUGAUAUCUAGAUAGGAUGACAAUGCCUCUCCUCUAAGGUAUUGAGCUGGAGGCAGUCUCAGGCCGCUUUAAGCGUUAGGUGGAUAACAUGUCAAGAGAGCUGUCGAAAGUUACUGGGAGUAGUAUGAUAUGUUUUUGUAUCCAAGGAGGUGCUUUGAAAAGUUGAGAGUUUUGAGGUUAUGAGUAGAGAGUGAGUGAGACAGACAGAGCUAGAAGAGAAGGGAGAAAAUGAGGAUGAAGGACUAAGGAGUGUGGCUAGAAGAGAAAAUACAUUUGACAUGGUUGGUUGGAAUCAUGAGAUGAGGAAUUGACUUUAUUAGAGUGACGGAGAGAAUGUUAUAGUAAGUUGUAGAGUUGAAUAUAGCAAGUGAAAGAAAGUUCUGCGCCAAUGCUUUGUUUAUUUUCAAGUGCCACAGCUAUUUUUAGGGACCGGGACACAUUGGGGACCCGUUGAGUAUUUGAGAUGGCAAUGCCACAAAGAUGUCAUUAAAUAACAAAACAGAGAUAGGUAAUAAUGCCCUAAGAACAAAGGUAAUAAUGCCCCAAGCACUACCGUGUGAAUCGACUACCCCGACUGUGUCAGCUUUAAAUAGCUUUUUUAACUAAUGUUUAUUUUUUACACACUAAAACCAAAGGCCUGGGGCCUUUGUCUAAUGUAUAUGACAGGUGUCAUAUAAGAUAAGAUGUUUUGCCCAUUACAUCCGUUCUGUAUUUUUCUAAAGGUUUUUAUUUAAAAUGGCAGACUAUAACUUGUCAUCGGUGCAGAGUCCGAGCAGGCAAAGGACUUCCGUCUCUUGUGUAUGAAGGAAUAUCUUCUCUCAGAGCAUAAAAGCUAGAUAAUGCGACUGUAAAAAUGGAUGAGAGAUGAUAUUGAUAUUUGAAAAUGUAUGGUGUUCUUUUGCUGGACAAAGACAAGGACUGUUUUAUACUAAUUAAAUUAAAUUGAUUGACCUUAACUACAAA